UGUUUUAUCAGCAGAUGAAUGAAUCAGGCCUUGAUGAUUCUGCUGGAGUACUGGGAGACAGUGACGACAGCGAUGAGGGUACACAUACACUGCUGGCGGCUUCCUGGGAGAGUUUAUCCAUCAUGGAGCGACUGGGAUUAAAGAGCAGCGUGGAGAUGACGGAGGAGGAAGUGGAGAGCGCGUUUACCCAGAUUGCAGUGGGGUUUCACUGUGACCAGUACACACUGACCCAGCGGCUGCAGGCUGAGCAACACGAGCGCUGCGUCGCAGAAGAGAACCUGCAGAGAGAGCUGAGACAGAGCAGAGAGAUGCUGCAGGUGUUGUAUGAGCGCCUACAUGAGGUGGACAGCAAAAAGAUGGUGCAGCAGAUGGAGAACAACCUGCAGAUGCUUGAGAGCAGCAUGGACAAUGUCCUCAAAACAGCAGAGAUGCUCGGAGCUGCACACCAGGAAGCGCGUGUCAGUCACGCAGUGGAGCUGCUGUCAGUACACAUGGAGCAUCUCAAGAGACGUCACGUUACAGACAGCGAGGAGAUGCUGGAGGUCAGAAAGCUGCUCCACAGGAGGAAAGGUCGAUUGCACAGUGACUCCACAGAUGAUCGAGAGCUCUUCAGAUAUUCAUCACAACAGCCAACACGUCGCAGGGUCAGCAUCACCUUCCUCCCGACUCAGUCUGAGUUGAAGCAUCUAGAGACUUCGUUUCUGGAGAACUGCAAAGCUAGUUUGGAUGCAAAGGACAGGAGACAGGAAGUAGUUCCAGACGAUUCUCCCACGAGCAGUCUAAACCAAGACGAUGACGUGGACAGCAGCGUGUUUCAAAGUCCAACACAAAUCACGUCGCUGCGCCAUCGCCGCCGUUAUUCUCCUAAAGGACGCGCAUUUGAGGGGGAGGAGUCGAAACAAGGGGAGGAGCCCAACCGAGAGUUAUGUCUCGCUCCACUACAGCGCCCCCUGUUGUCCUGGAGGUCUACAUGCGGAAGCAUUGUCAGAAUGUUUUUGCUUGUAUUCGUUCUGCUGAUGCUGAUGGCAGCUCUUUUAUGUGUUGUCAUGAGUGUUUGUAUAAACAAUUGAUGGUUUAGUGUGGCUAUCUGAUCUUAAAAAUAAACAUUCUGUGAAAACUGAA